AUGUCUAAUUUACAUAUUCUGUUGCCACUUCCAUCAAAACAUAGCUACUUUAUACCCGGCUUUGGUGUCAAAAAUUCAAUUCAACCCCCUAGUAAUCCGAAUACUUCCAAUCCAAUAGGUACUAAUUCCAACAGUCAGUCAAAUAGCCAAACCAAUAACAAUAGCAAUAACCAGUCAAAUAUGCCCAAGACGUCACAAAAGCAAAGCAAUUUUCCAAUUAACUUUAGCCAUCCUUCAUCUACUAGUCAGAAUACUUUAGGGCAGUUCUCGCCCAGUAUUUUUACUACUCGCCGAGUAUGGGUCAAGAAGUCCCAAGGAACACCAACCACUAUAGUAAUUCAUCAAAAUGACAUAAUAGAUGAUUUGAAGCAAGCUGUCGUUAAUAAGUUCCCGAAUUCAUUGGCAAGAGAAAUAGAUCCAGCCGACUUGAUAAUAAAAAUGGAUUUGCUGGCUAGGCAGACGGUAAACGUUGCAUCUAAUAACCAAAAUUUGUCUGCUAACAAAAAGACUACGUACCCAUCUAACACCGGCCUGCUGACAUCUCCUGAUAAUUUCAAGAGCGUUAAAUCUCCUAUUGCCAGUCAGUCGUCGGGAACUCAAACUCAGCAGCAGACAAAUCCUUAUAGCUACGUCAACUUAGAACCUGACCAGAAUGUUUGGAACAUUUUAGAUUCUUAUUAUCCAAAUGGUAUGGGAAUGCAAGAGGCUUUCAUAAUUGAAGCUCCAUAUGUAGAACCUGCGUCUAAUAGAAGCAGUUUCAAUGCUGGUUUUCCAAAUAAUUAUAAUCAAAGAGGACUGUAUCCGCAAGUAUCACAACAACUAAUACGAUCUACUAAUCCAUCUCAAAUUUCAAAUACUAGUCAGUCAUAUCAUCAACCUAAACCGCAGUAUAUGCAUCAAAGUAAUCCGAUUGCACAAAACCAAGGCACAAUUCAUUAUAAAUCUGUCUCCCCAGCGUCAAUAACUAAUGGCAGACAAUCGCCAUUAUCAUAUGGCUCUAACGUCCAUAGAAGAUCCCAAUCAAAUCCUUUACAAUCACCUUCAUUUUCUAGUACUAACGUUACGAAUCAUAAUAAUAAUGAAAAUUCCCAGGCAGUUUUGUUAUUACCAAAGAAUUUUUCACUUGCUUCAAAUACAAAUUCAUUAUCAACUAAUCCAUUUCACAAUAAGAAGAGGCUUUCUUUGGAUGAAAGUUUCGUCCAAAAGAACAGACAAGAGCCUAUAAAUGAGUCUCCGGUUGAUUCGAGUACUAAUUUAACUAAUAUUGGAAUGGGAAUCCAUAGUCAAUCGCAUUCCGUCCCAGAGCCUUACGAAUUGAACUCAGAUUCUAAUGGGGGGAGAAAGUUAGAAGAAAGAAGUAAUACAGACCCUGAAAACCAUCAUCAAAAAUCAGAUAUUUCGAAAGGUGAUGAUAGACUAAGUAUAUCUCCUUCACCGUCUAUUGAUGAAUCAUCAUCCAAUAAACAGAAUAUUAGCUUAGACCAAAUUCUCAGUGGUGAAGACAGCAAUAAUCUGAGACCCAUAAAGAAAAAUGUUGGUACACCAGAAUCUUUUAAACAUUCUAAUUAUAUUGGAAAAGCGAAGGAACCUAAUUCAAUGAUGCCUAAAGGUACAAAGCUGUCAAAGCUUACUACUGACACUGUAUUGCCGUCUAUAUCAGUUUUGGUGGUGGAAGAUAAUGCCAUUAACCAAGCUAUUUUAGGAGCAUUUUUAAGAAAAUACAAAAUUCCGUACCAGAUUGCCAAAAAUGGACAAGAAGCAGUCGAUAAAUGGAGGACAGGAGGCUUUCAUUUGGUGUUGAUGGAUAUCCAAUUGCCGGUUAAGUCGGGAAUAGAAGCCACAAAGGAAAUCCGUCACUUAGAAAAGAUAAACAAAAUUGGUGUUUUUGCUCAGCAUGAACUCACUGCAUCUACAUAUUCUAACUCGGAGGAAUUGGAGUUGAAAGAAAACGAAAAAUUGGACUUGACUGUUUUUAGAUCACCUGUGAUCAUCGUGGCAUUAACUGCUUCAUCCAAUUCGUCGGUAGACAGAAAAAACGCUUUAAGAGCGGGCUGUAAUGAUUAUUUGACCAAGCCUGUGAAUUUGGUAUGGUUGCAGAAUAAGAUAACUGAAUGGGGGUGUAUGCAAACAUUAAUUGACUUUGAUGGAUGGAAAGCAAAAAGAUCUGUCAACAGCUAUUCUUCAGAUAGGGCUUUAGGAAGCUCAAAAUAA